AUGUCUCUUAGCGCCUGGGUCGACAAGACCCUAGAAGUCACCGGUAUGGACGCGGUGGAUGCGCUUCGCGCCUUCUUCCUGCUUGCCGCCGCCACAACGAUCACUAUCAGUAUCCCGGCAUCCCUCCGCUCACGCUUUCUCGUCUACGGCCCACGCGCCAGCUCAACUCAGCCCUCCACUUCCCAAAACAAGGGUUUCCUGGAUACCCUGGCCACCUGGCAAGUGCCGCACAGCUACUUUACCCAAUUCUACAUUGCAUCUAUUCUCUCAUCCAUAUUCUGGGCCGUGCAGAUAACAUGUCGCGGUGCUCUAUUCCAAGCCAUUGCCACGCGCGUUAGCGAAGAGCAUCGACGCCCCAGUAUGUCGAUAACUCAGCUGGUGAUCUGCUGCGUGCUUUUGUUCAUGCAGGGUUCGCGCAGACUCUGGGAGUGUAUUACUUUUUCAAAGCCUUCCACGUCGCGCAUGUGGUUCGUGCAUUGGAUUCUCGGUCUGGGCUUCUACCUUGCUGCCGGCGUGGCGAUCUGGAUUGAGGGGUCAGGCGCCCUGUUGACGACAGAAUUCUCCAUUGCGCAUUUCCAAAUGACCAAUGCACCCAGCUUGAAGACAUUCGCGCUCGUGCCGCUGUUCUUGGUCGCGUCGGGGCUGCAACAUGAUUCUCAUCACUACCUUUCUUCUUUGAAGAAAUACACCCUCCCUGAACAUCCCAUGUUCCGUGGUGUGGUAUGUCCCCAUUACGGUGCCGAAUGUGUGAUCUAUCUCUCAUUAGCGCUGGUGGCUGCCCCGCGCGGGGAGUUUAUCAACAAGACUAUGUUGACCUGUUUUAUAUUCGUCGCUGUGAACCUGGGUCUCACGGCGCGCAAUACUAAGGAGUGGUAUGCGCAAAAGUUCGGCAACGAGUCUGUCAAAGACUGGUGGUUCAUGGUUCCUUAUGUCUACUAA